CUUUUCCUCUAUAUAAUUUCAGGGUCUCCGAUCAAAACAAACUACGCCACCAUAGCCCUCCACCACGCGGCCCCAAGCUAAGCUAAGAUUGUCACACAAGUUUCGAACUAGGUACGAACUAGAGUGAAGCUAUCUGAGAUUUUAGCAUCGGCAUCUUCAUCUUUUUUGGUUUUGUGUGUCCACCAUAAACAUUAUGGCGGUCCACACAAGCAUUCAGCUUAUUUCUUAUUCUCAGGAGCUUGUGGAUGGACAGCCACUCUAUGUUUCUUCAAAUUGCCUUCCUGUUAAGGCUUUAAAUUAUGAACCUGCUGGCCAUGCUUUUCAUUGUGCUGCUCUUAAACUCCUUGGCUGUGAAGAGGAUGAUACAGCGGAAGUUGAUGAUCAGAAUGUUUCUAAUGAUAAGGAACAAGUAUAUAUGCCAUCGUCUGAUUCGUAUAGCAGCAAAGGAAAAAAGAAAUCUGCUGCUGAUGGCAAGCAACAAGAUCACUAUGCAUUGCUGGGGUUGAGCCAUUUAAGAUAUCUUGCCACAGAGGAUCAGAUUAGGAGAAGCUACCGUGAAGCUGCCUUGAGGCAUCAUCCUGACAAACUUGCUGCUCUUCUUCUUGCAGAGGAGACUGAGGCUGCAAAACAAGCGAAGAAGGAUGAAAUAGAGAAUCACUUUAAGUCCAUUCAAGAGGCAUAUGAGAUUUUGAUCGAUCCUGUAAGGAGGAGAAUUUAUGACUCCACAGAUGAGUUUGAUGAUGAAAUUCCAACUGACUGUGGCCCACAGGACUUCUUCAAGGUGUUUGGCCCAGCUUUCAUGAGGAAUGGACGAUGGUCGGUGAACCAACCUAUCCCAACAUUAGGCGAUGACAGCACUCCACUAAAAGAUGUUGAUAAUUUCUAUAAUUUUUGGUAUAGUUUUAAAAGCUGGAGGGAAUUCCCACAUGCAGAUGAGUAUGACCUUGAGCAAGCUGAGUCUCGUGAUCAUAAAAGGUGGAUGGAGAGGCAGAAUGCAAAACUGUCUGAGAAGGCUAGGAGGGAGGAAUAUGCUCGGAUACGGGCACUUGUUGACAAUGCCUAUAAAAGAGACCCUAGAAUACUUAGGAGAAAGGAAGAGGAGAAAGCUGAGAAACAGAGGAAAAAGGAAGCCAAGUUUCGUGCAAAGCAGUUGCAGGAGGAAGAAGCUGCCAGGGCUGCUGAAGAGGAGAGACGCCGCAAAGAAGAGGAGGAGAAACGAGCUGCUGAAGCUGCUUUACAACAUAAGAAAAUGAAGGAGAAAGAGAAGAAGCUCCUUCGGAAAGAGCGAACUCGCCUUAGAACACUGUCUGCACCUGCUUUAUCUCAGCAUUUGCUUGAUCUUUCUGAGGAUGAUGUGGAAAGUCUUUGUACGUCUCUUGGUAUUGAGCAGCUUAGAAGUUUAUGUGAUAAGAUGGAGAACAAAGAAGGGUUAGAGCGGGCUAAAAUAAUCAGAGAUGCACGCGGAUACAGUGGCAAUUUGGAGAAAAAACCAGAUGUAAAGAAAAGCUCAGAGCUGAAUGGUUCUGUGGAGUCCAAUGGAAGUGUCCUCUUGAGCAGCUUUGAAAAGAAGGAGAAACCUUGGACCAAGGAAGAAAUUGAGCUUUUGAGAAAAGGAAUGCAGAAAUAUCCCAAAGGGACAUCUCGCAGGUGGGAGGUUAUUUCAGAGUACAUUGGUACAGGGAGAUCUGUGGAAGAAAUUCUGAAGGCUACCAAAACAGUCCUCUUCCAGAAGCCUGAUGCUGCCAAAGCUUUUGAUUCUUUUCUUGAGAAGAGGAAACCGGCGCAGUCUAUUGCAUCUCCGCUUUCCACUAGGGAUGAAGUAGAAGGGGUUUCUACACCUUCUGGGACUGAAAGCAGUGCUGUGAAGACAGUUAGCCCAGAAGACUCUGGUAGAAGUGCAAAUAAUCCUGUUGAUGUGGCUUCUGGUAUUGGGGUUUCAUCAAGUUCAGAACAAGAUGUGUGGUCUGCUGUACAAGAAAGAGCACUGGUUCAGGCUCUAAAGACAUUCCCGAAAGAAACCAGUCAGCGAUGGGAACGAGUAGCAGCUGCCGUUCCUGGGAAGACUGUAAACCAGUGCAAGAAGAAAUUUGCAUCACUGAAGGAAAACUUUAGAAACAAGAAAAACGCGGUAUAGUUAUUGAAUUGACACUGUUGGGUGCUGAGAAGAAACAAAUCUUCAUGAGGGAAUUGUCUUGGUGUCUCCCAUUUGGAUUCAAUUCUUUCCUUAGAAGCUAGGAACUUGCUUGAGCUACAACAUGUGUAACGAAACUGACCUUUUUUCCUAGUUCCUACGCUCUGGCUUUUGUCCUGCUAUGAAGCUUUUUAUAGCUCAUGUUUUUGCAGAAAGUAGCUUAUAUAUUAAUAUAAAUGCGCCACAUUGCAUUGAUUUUAUAUGGAUCAGUAUUUGCAUGGGAUCCCCAUGAUUUA